UAUUUCACGUGGAGACGUUCCUCCUUCAGUGUGUCAGAUUAAGAACCGGGUUGCAGUAGCUUCACGUCGACUCUCAGACUUCUCACACAUCCAGAAAUGGCCUUCAGGAAAUUCCUCCCCUUGUUCGACAGGGUGCUGGUGGAGCGCCUUAUCGCGGAGACGGUAACGAAGGGGGGCAUCAUGCUGCCAGAGAAGGCUCAGGGCAAAGUGCUGCAGGCCACCGUGGUGGCAGUAGGACCUGGCUCUCUCAAUCAGGAUUUCUACAACUGGCAGGAUGAAUCAUUUGAGGAGAUGGACAGCACCCUGGCUGUCCAACAGUACAUUCAGCAGAACAUUAGAUCAGAUUGCUCCAAUAUCGACAAAAUCCUGGAGCCUCCGGAGGGUCAGGAUGAAGGCGUGUGGAAGUAUGAACACCUCAGGCAGUUCUGCCUGGAGCUCAAUGGACUAGCUGUAAAACUGCAGAGUGAGUGCCAUCCAGACACCUGCACCCAGAUGACGGCCACAGAGCAGUGGAUCUUUCUAUGUGCUGCCCACAAGACACCCAAAGAGUGCCCUGCCAUUGAUUACACCAGGCACACGCUGGACGGAGCUGCCUGUCUUCUCAAUAGCAACAAAUACUUCCCCAGCAGGGUGAGCAUCAAGGAGUCAUCAGUGGCCAAGCUGGGCUCCGUCUGUCGUCGCAUCUAUAGGAUAUUCUCUCAUGCCUACUUCCAUCACCGCCAGAUAUUUGACAAGUAUGAGAAUGAAACGUUCCUGUGUCACCGGUUCACGCGCUUCGUUAUGAAAUACAACCUGAUGUCCAAGGACAACCUGAUCGUGCCCAUUCUGGAGGAGGAAGUGCAGAACACCUCGUCAGCCGGGGAGAGCGAGGCCUGAAGACACGAGCUGCUGCUGCCACAAAGGGAGACACAUGUAACACACACACACACGAGACACAUACACACACACCUUGCAUAUA